AUGGCUUUCUCUGGAAAAUAUGAGGUGGAAUCCCAGCAGAACUAUGACGCCUUCAUGAAAGUUAUUGGCAUCCCUGAUGAAAAAAUCGAGAAAGGAAGAGACUUCAAGUACUCCGCGGAGGUAGUCCAGAAUGGUAAUGACUUCACCUGGUCACAGAUCUAUCCAGGAUUCACCCUGACCAACAAGUUCACCUUGGGCCAAGAAUCUGAAAUGGAGAGCAUGGGUGGCAAGAAGUUUAAGGCAACUGUCCGACUGGAGGGUGGAAAACUGGUUGUGGAUUUCCCUAAAUACCAUCACACUUCAGAGAUUGUUGGAGGGAAAUUGGUGGAGACCUCAGUAGCUGGUGGAGUUACACUUGUGCGAACCAGCAAGAAGGUGGCAUAA